UCGUGUUCGGGUGUCUCGUGUGAUACUUUUUUGUGGGGAAAAAUCUCUUGAAUAUUCAGUUUUGAUUUUGAUCUGGUGGCACAUAGAACCAAGAGAAAGCUACAAAUAAUCUUAAAAAAUCUUCAGUGAAAAAAGAAAACUCGCCGAAAAAUAUUGCAGCGCCUAUCAACGGUGCGUAGUAAAAAGUAUCUAAAUGCAACAUGAUUGGGUGAAAGGAAAUUAAUGAUUGGAAACAAGACUUUAAAAAAGCUUCAAAACGAAUUUUCUUGUAAAACAUCUAAAAGUUGUGAUCGAUUUUUCAUUGUGGAAUUUUUCUGAUUUAAUUCGUACGUCUUUUUUUUUGUUUAAAUUGGUAAUUAUAAAAUGAAAAGUGAAGCAAAGUGGAAAAAAGAAAGAGACACGAUCUUUAAAUAGCAGAAAGGCCCAACAAAGCAACGAUUAUUUUUUCUUUCUUUUCCUACAGUUUGAAAUCUUUAUAAAAAUAAAACAGUACGGAGCAUAAGAUUAAAGAUUUUUCACGAAUUAGAAAAGUAUAAAAUCAGUUCUCAAACCCCUUAAGUUCUAUCAUGGAAUCUUCAACUGACGUUGUUGAUCAUGCACCCCCAACGGUUACAUCUUUUACUGAAAGUUCUCACGAAUCAAAAGUUGAACAAGUUGCUAAUGGAACAAUUGAAAGUUCAGUAGACAAGGAAAAGACUGUGACACAAAGUGUCCAAAAAAGUGGAUCUGGAGAUCAAAAUUAUCAGCAGAGAAGUCUUGUGGAGGAAACAAAACAAGAAUCCUUCUCGUCAUCUUCUGUAGUCGUGGAAGCGACAGUACCAAUUCCAGAAGAAUCUGUCGUAGCAAUUAAGAACGUGGAGGAUGUCGUCACAUCAAGCGAAGAUAUAAAAGAUAAAACAGCUGAAAAUGGUGAAGGUGUAUGUGUUGAAAAUGAACAAGAUGAAAGUGUUGAAAAUCAAAAGGUCGAAUGUCAAGAGCAAGGCGAAAAUUUUUCGAAUCAGAAAAGUAAUCAAAAUGAGUUGAACAUUGUUGAUUUAAGUCAAGUGAAACACGAUAUUCCGUCAAAUGAAGCUGAUAAAACUUUGUCGGAACAAAACGUAGAGCCAAAAGUGGAAGAAAAAACUGCCGAACCUAAGCUAGCAGAGAAUUUUGAUAUUUCUCAAGAAAUUCGUGAAAUUCAACCAAAACAAGAAGAGAAUAAAACUGAAGAAAAACCUGAAACUAAGUCAGAAUUCACUGCAGAUGCUUCCCAGCCACUUCUUGAAAUCCAACCAAAACUUCAAGAAACAACAGCUCCUGAGAAAAUUCCCGAAGCUAUUAUAGAACUCACUGCAGAUGGUUCCAAAACAAAUUAUGAAAUAAAAGCAGAACUUCAGAAACCAGAAGCUGCAGAGAAAACUCCUGAAACUAAGGUAGAAGCCACUGCAGAAAAUUCCCAAACCAAUCCUGAAAUCCUACCAAAACUUCAAGAAGAAGAAGAAGUACGAAAUUGUCUUGAUUCAAACGAAAAUAAAACUAACGAUGAAAUUAAAACCCAACAAGAAGUUGCUUCUGCUAUAAUUAACAAUGAAACAAAAGUUGAUGACACGGUCGUUCAAGAAAGAUCUUUGGAACAACCAAACGAGGAUAUAACAAUCCAUGAUGAAAAACCGGAAGAAGAGAUCAAACCUGAUGAAAAAAGUGCGACCACUGGCGAUGGUCUCGAGAUUCCUCUUGUGGAUAUGAUAAUGGCGCCAAUUAUUCCACCUACAGCGCCAGCACAGAUUUUAGACGUAAAUAAAAGUGAAAGUAACAAUUUUGUGUUAAACGAUGAAAAACCAAAAGAACAAGAAGUUUUGAAAAACUCAGAAGCCAGUAAAGAAAUUCAACAAGAAAGCAUUAAGCAACAAUUGAACGAGAUCAUCACUGACAUUGAGAAGAAUGUGAACAUCACAAAUGACGAACAAGCUGAUAAUUCUAAUAAGACCUACACUUAUAGCCAAGAGAAAAUUGGCAGCAGCCUCAAGCGAUCUCAAACAGUAUCAGCAAUUGAUACAAAGCGUGGUUUUAAGCCAACUGAUCGCUUUGAUCCGAAAAAAAAAUCUUUUCUCGUCGACUUAAGCAAGCAGAUUUGGACGAAACGGGAUGAAGUAUUGGAUGGAAAGAAGCCAGUCGACUUGCAAAAGAUUUUUACGCCAGCUACUGAUGUUGAUGAGAUUCUCCCAGGAAAAAAUCGUAAACUCUUCGCAUCAUCGUCAUUCUACUCCCCCACCAUUCAUCCAACAGUGGAAGAUCAAGUUGAACUCGCGAGGCGAAUCUCACAUUCGCUAAGUGACAUCAGCAAUCACACGUCAAAAGGUCAAUCCAUGUAUGUUAACCGUAAAAAACGAUCAGUCAAAUGGAUUCAUGACGAUGGCCAUGAAGAAGAAAGAUUCAUUGAAGAACAUCAUGAAACCAAAGAAAAUGGUUUUGAAUCAAGUCAACAAUUUUCAUCACAACAACAACCACUACAAAACCAACAACAAUUUAAUUUGGAACAUCAAAAUGGUGCUGAAAUUGAACCAAAAAAAGUUCCUUUAAAAUUGGUGAUGGAUCCACGUCAUGUUCAGGAUCUUAACUCGAUUCGUCAGUAUGGUUAUGAGCCUGCUCCGAUGUCACCAGAAUUCGGUUAUGAACUGGUCAAUGCACUCAAUGCACCUAAAGGAAAAGGCGCUGAAUUGUUUGCAAAACGUCGUAAGAAGGCUGAAAAAUGGGUCGUCGAUGGAUCGAAAGUAACACCAUCAGCAACUCCAACAACUCCAGCAUCAUCAAUCAGUGCAUUCUCGGAUGUUGGUACGCAACGUGUGCAACAUAACAUGAAGUUAGAUCAAAUACAAGAGAAAUAUCAACAACCAAGAGUUAAGAUGGUGCGUUCGCCUUGGGAAGCUGCACUUGAGACUGGAUCAGUUGAUAACGCUUUUGUGAAUUACGCUCAACAGCAAGCAAACCAACAACAGCAACAAAUCUACUCUGCAUCUGUUGAUCAAGUUCAACAAUUUGAUUAUGGAUCAUCUAAGAAAGAUGUUCAAUAUCAAUCAUCGAAGCAAAUAAAAGAACAAUUGAGUGCUCGUGACUUGGCUUAUCGUCCAAAUGUUCCACAAGGUUGGAAUAGACCACCAGUAACUUUGCCAGCAGAAUUUAGUGAAAUUAUUCCUGAUGAGACUGUGGAACAAGAGAUGUCACAAAUUUAUGCUAGUCAACAAAAAUACCUGGAACUAAUAAGAAAUAACACACCAACACCACCAUUAAUUGAAUAUCAAGUUCGGUGUGGUGAAGUUGAAACAAAUGUUUAUGAUGAGCCAAUAAAGGAAUUAAUUAUGGAAUUUGACAGAAUUUAUACUCCGCCAGAAAUCCCAGUUAUUUCAUCAACUACAACAACAUCAAUGACUACCGAACAUGUUUCGAACUUUUCAUCAACUACGACGUCAUCAAAUUUCAAAGAAAUUUCUCUUCCCCAACAAUCAAUACCGUUGAGUUUUUCACAAGUGCCUCAACCAAUUGCUGCAGCUCCAGAACCUGUAAAAAAACCAGUUCAACCAGUUCAACAAGCACAACCGAAGCCAUAUCAAAAUUCAAUGCAAAAUUAUGGUGCUAAGCCGCAGUCACAACAAAAGCCAAUGGCCAUUGCACCAGUUGUGCAGAAGACAAAAAUUAUUUCAUCAAAAAGCGAAACAAUGUCUCAGAGAACUGGUUUGAAUGCGUCAACAGUAACUACUGGUAUAUUGAAAAAGCAAAUUCAAUUGGAUGCCGCUGUUCCUGUUCCCCCUGGCGCAGCAGUUCCAGCUCAAUCACCAAUUACCAUUGGAGGAAAGUCAGGCGGUAAAAGUCCAGUGCCAAUUUUCAACACUUCACCAGCUCCGUUUGGUUUCCCAGCUCUUUCAGUUCAAACUCCGGAAACCAUUGCACAGACUGCACCAGCUCCAACUCCAAUGGUUCCGCACUUACAGACACCAAAACCUUUACCAUUGAUUGUCAGCACGCCGCUUCCAAACUACACAUCGAGCUAUAACAAUGCAGCUCGUCCAUUUAACGAAUUUAAAGAUUUCUAUCGUCCAAUCAACAUGGACAAUUUAAGUUCCAAACUGGUUCCACCAGUUGUCUAUACAGAUUUUUAAGACAUACAACAUGGCGUUUAUAUAUACGUGUGUGUUAAAUCUAUUAUAAUUUACAACUGAGUAUACAAGAUCAUAUAAGGUUUUGUAAAAAAAAUUCUUGUUUAGCGGCCAUUGAAAGAAAAAACAAAAUAAAUAAAAAUAUAAAUCAAAAAAGUAAGGAAAAUCGAAGCAAAACAUUUGAUAUAUUCUUUAAGUUGUUUCUUAAUAACAUUUUCACAAGAACAUAUCAAAAAAAUGUAAACAAAUAAUUAGAAAAGCACUCGAAUCUGUUAAUCUGUUAUUUUUUUGCCACUUCAUUUUAUUAUUAAAAAAACUUUGUUUCAUGUAUUUCUACUUCAAUUGAAAGCGGAAAACUACACUUGAAAAGUUUAUACUAGCGAAACGUUUGCUGUCGCAUCACAACUAUUCGUUAUAUUUAAUCGCGUUUUCCUUUAAAUAUGUUGAUGAUGUGUCAAAGUUAUUUAUUUCACAUUUAAAUUCUUUUGCGAAUAUUACAAUAGAAUGAUGGAAAAUGAUUUCUUUUUCUAGAUAGAAAUGAUUUUCUGGAUUUAUAUUGAAACGAAUGAAAAUGUUUUCUUGAAUUUAAUAUUGUAAAUUGAUGAAAUAAAGAUUAAUUUUACAAAAUUAUUAAAAUUUA